ACUGGCGGCGUCUGUCCAAUGAGAUUUUAAACUAAAAACAAUUUUAACAGCGCGAUGAAUGCAAACAAACGCAGGAGUUCCUUGCGCAAGGCGCCGCCGAAAGAAGAUGAAACGACAAUAACAACGACAAUGACCAAACAACAACAAAUCAAGCGACGCAUCAGUUUCAGUGGCAAAAAGUCCGUGAGAGAGUUUGUUAACACCAAGGAGACCAACCAUUGGGACGACUCGUAUGAGGUAUCCGAACACAAUGCCGAGGACAGCACGGGAUCCAGGUCAGGAUCCUUGGGUACGGGAUCAGGAUCGAAACCAGGAUCGCAGAAACCAGAGGAUGCGGACAAGGAGAACGUUCCUCUGCGCGGCCUCUGCGAACGGGAACAGGUCGACCUGACCCUAAAUUUCCAGACCAGCGUGGAUGUCACUAUGUUGCCCUGCGAGCUGAUGCAAAACCAGAGGAAGGCUUCCUCCUCCAUGGUUUCCAUCUGCCUGUCCACCGAGGAACGCAAAGUGUUUCAAAAUAGUCUCUACGAUCAUCGGGUAAUGGACAAGACUAUGGAUCUGAUGUCGGGUUCUUUGAUAACCAGGACCCAAACGCAACCCAGCAAUAUUGAAGAUUCCUCUAUUGAACAGCCAGACAUUGAAAGAGAAAAAAAAGGAAAUACACCAGCAGCAAAGGGAAUAAUGGACUUCUUCAUGGACAUCACGCCAGUGGGAUUCCGCGCUCCUCCUUCAGCAGCGCCCACCUCAGCUCCAGGUCCACCUGAUCCUGUUCCAGCAGCAUCUGCUCUUGCUCCCACUCCUGCAGCUCCUCAAGUUCCAACCCAGCAGAGUUUUAUGGAACUCGAGGACGACAGCAUGGAUAGGGAAAUGCGCGAGUUUAACGAAAAGGAGAAGAAGACUCCAGUCCAAAAAUCACUUUUUAUGGAUUUAGAGGAAACGGUUGUGGAUAAAAAUAAUAAAACCCAACACUGCGCCGUAGACGUAUCCUUCGACUGCCCUUUAAAUGUUUCCGAGGACCGGGAUCCUUUACCAUCAUGCUCCUUUGACAGCAACAACAGCACCAUAAAGUAUAUGAAAGAUGAGUCCAUGUUGAUACCAUUCGACAUGAUUGUGGGCAAAAACAUAAGCAAGAAGAUAAAUUUUCGUCAACUUAACGAUGAGCUAGAGGCGGGAAAGAUUCAACUGUUUCCCAAUGGUCCAAAAACACCAACCACAGAUCGCAAGACCAAUCAAAAUCGUUUUUGGCAUGGACUGCAAUCGGAAGCCACGGAGAGUUGCAGUCCAAAGAAGGACAUAAGGAGCAUCAAACCGCGAGGAACGUUAAAUUUCAGUGAAAAUAUGACCAUGUCGCCGGCGCAAUUAAGUCCAGUUCGAAAGGAAAAGGAGAAGCUGAAUGCGGUGGACGACAAGCGAAAGUAUCGGUUAUCCCAGGCGGAUGAGAUGAUGUUGGACAACACAAACUUCCUGGCUCAUGCAAGAUUAGGCGAUGAGACGCAGUCCAGAAAUACUUCCAAAAACUCUACGAGAAGGGAGACCACUUACGACAAUUCCGAAUUGAAUUUAGAGUAUCCCACAAGCAGUCAGGACUUUCAUCCCAUAUCAAGCUCUAUGCCUCAAAAGGCUAUUAAUGUGACUAAGGAACUGCAGCAGGAUCAGUCUGAUUUUCCUGGUAUCCCUAUUCGUCGAACCUUGCAUCUUAAUGAAUCCAUGGAUCAGGAAGCCACGAAAUCUAUGCACGUCAGAAGUGAGGUUGCGGUAACAACAGAAAAGAUUUUCUAUGAGAAAUCCACCAAUAACGAGCGAAAUACGAAUCAGCAAGGCAAAGUUUGGGCCUGCACUAAGACAAAGCGCAGGGAGACUCUUCUGAUGCAGGAAAGCAUGGAAGAGGACAUCAUAAGUCCUUUAAAGGAUCUGCACUUAAAGCCAGCCGCUGCUCCUGUAGAAAAGAGUCAAUCCAAAGGCAACCACACUCUCUACUUAGCAGAACCUGUGGAAGAGGAGAACGAAAACCGUAGUAACAUGCUACCUUUGCAAGUCGUUGCUCCUAAAGAAAAAUCCAAACCAAGGCAAACCCUGUUAUUGGAGGAACCAAUGGAAGAGGAAAUGGAAAUUGAUAUAAGGAAUCCGCCUGUUUUUAAUUCUAAAAGAAGAACUUUGCAUUUAGCUGAACCUGUGGAAGAGGAAGAAGUGAACCCAAGCAAAACGUUACCUCCAAAAAUCUGUCCGCCCCAAGAAAAAAAAUCCAACGUCAGGGUUACUUUGCUUUUGGGAGUGCCAAUGGAUGAGGAAAUGGGCAGUAAUAUAAAAGAGGGACAACUUUUUGAUUCGAAAAGAAAAUCUCUUCAUUUUGCAGAAGAUCUGGAGGAGGACAAAAUAAACCCAGGCAAGAAUUUACCUAACAACAUUUUUACGCAUCAAGGAAACAAAUCCAAACCCAGACAGACUCUUCUGUUAGAGGAACCCAUGGAAGAGGACACGGGCUGUACUAUAGCAGAUUCACAAGUUCAGGUCAAAAAUAUUAAGUCAAGACAUACGCUUCUUUUAGGCGUACCCAUAGAAGAGGAGGCGCACGCUGAACGGAUUGACCAUCCCAGCUUAAAAUCCAGGCAAGUUACUAUUUCGGAAGCAAUAGAGGAGGAGGGGUGUCCUUCACUGCCCAAGAAUAAAUCAAUAUUAAGGCACAAAACUAUUGAUAGAUCAACUGUUCCGCAGCGUCAGAAGGCUAUGGCCACAUUACUUAUGUCUGAGCCAAUUGAAGAAACAUUUGCCGAACAUCAUCCCACGGAGCAACGCCAACAAAAGUCUCGCUUGAAAUCGAGAAACACUCUUCUUAUGCAUGAGCCAAUUGAUGAUGAAUUGGCGGCCGGAAAGGAGGAUAAUGCAUAUGGACAGCACAGAUUCAAGCCAAGACAGACGCUCAUCAUGUCGGAACCCAUUGAAGAAGAUGUUGGACAGCCAGGGCUUAAAUCGUUCAACAUGCAAACUAACGAGACGGGUUCUUCAACUUCAAAAUCGAGACACACUCUUUUAAUGUCAGAACCAAUAGACGAAGAUGUGUGGGAGGUGAGACCUUUGGAUCAAAAUAAGGAGCAGCUUAUCGAAGAAGUGUCUAAAAGUGCCACAACCAAUAAGUCCUCGAAAUCGAGACCCACUCUUAUGAUGUCAGAACCCAUUGAAGAAGAGGUGCAUAAGACUAUUAAUAGCAAAAACUACCAGUCUCAUUCGAAGUCAAGACAGACAGAGUUUAUGGAAGAAUCUAUUCAGGAAAGGACUUUUGAAAACGUUGGCCAACCGUCCAAAUCUCGCCAAACUAUCUUUAUAGCAGAGCCCAUAGAGGAAGAUAUGGGGGUGGAAAAGUCAAUAGUUUACCAGGAUUCGCACUCAAGAAAACGUAUUGAAUUUAUGGAAGACUCGACUGUGCAAGCGCCAAUUAAAAACGUUGGCCAACCAUCCAAAUCUCGUCAAACUCUCCUUAUGGCAGAGCCCAUAGAGGAAGAUGAGGGGAAGCAAAAAUCAAUAGCUUACCAUAAUGAUCAAUCAAGAAAACGUAAUGAUGUUGCGGAAAAGCCCAUUAAUAGUAGGGGCCAACCAUUUAAAACUCGCCAAACUCUUCUUAUGGCAGAGCCCAUUGAGGAAGAUGAGGAUGAGCAAAAGUCAACAGCUUACUGUAAUAAUCAAACAAGAAAACGUAUUGAUUUUAUGGAAGAAUCCAAGGAGCAAGCUGCAAUUAAAAGCUGGGGCCAACCAUCCAAAUCUCGCCAAACUCUUCAUAUGGCAGAGCCCAUAGAGGAAGAUGUGGGGGAGCAAAAAUCAAUAGCUUACCAUAAUGAUCAAUCAAGAAAACAUAAUGAUGUUGCGGAAAAGUCCAUUAAUAGUAGGGGCCAACCAUCCAAAUCUCGGCAAACUCUUCUUAUGGCAGAGCCCAUUGAGGAAGAUGAGGAUGAGCAUAAGUCAAUAGCUUACCAUAAUGAUCAAUCAAGAAAACGUAUUGAUUUUGUAGAAGAGUCCAUUGAGCGUUCCGCGACUAUAAGCAGGGGCCAACAAUCCAAAUCUCGCCAAACUCUCCUUAUGGCAGAACCCAUUGAGGAAGAUGAGGAUGAGCAAAAGUCAACAGCUUACUAUAAUAAUCAAACAAGAAAACGUAUUGAUUUUAUGGAAGAAUCCAAGGAGGAAGCUGCAAUUAAAAGCUGGGGCCAACCAUCCAAAUCUCGCCAAACUCUGCUUUUGGCAGAGCCCAUUGAGGAAGAUUCGGAAGUUCAUAAUAAGCUUACGCAACAUUCUCGGCUUAAAAAUAGAAACACUCAGCUGGUUGAGGAACCAAUUAAUGUAGAAGCAAAAUCUACCCGCCAAACUCUUCUUAAUGCAGAACCAAUCGAAGAGGAUUUGGAGUUAUUCAAUCGAAUGGAAAAUCAAAAGCAACAGCCUUCGUUUAAACCCAGAUUUAUUCAGCAAUUUGAAGAACCUAUUGAAAAAGAAAUAUCUUCCAGUACUAACCAAAAAUCUGGACAUCGAUUUACCAAAUCGGGAGAUACUUUUCAAUUGGCGGAGCCUGUAGAAGCAGAUGCGGAACGCAUUAAACCAAUAAAUCAUUUCAACGGCCCCCACCAACAACAGAAGCCAAGAAACACUCUACUAACACAUGAGCCCAUUCAGGAGGAUUUUGGAGCCGGAACAGAGGAUAUUUCAGCACGACCGCUAAAAUUUAAAGCCAGACAUACGCUUAUUAUGGCAGAACCAAUUGAAGAAGAUCCCAGUGUCUAUAAUAAAUCCACAAACAAUCAUAACAGUGAAGCACAUUUCGAACCCAACAACUUAUUCCACUCUUCUCGAUAUACGACUUCCAAAACAAGACACACUUUGGUUGUUCAGGAGCCCAUUGAGGAAGAUGAUAUCACAUAUCAUCACCAUGAGGAAUCCAAAACUAAGUCCAGAAAUAUUGAAAAGGAGGUAGUUCCACUACCUACCGAAAAAUCCAAAAAUAAAUCUAGGAAUACAAUGGUUUUAUCGGAGCUCAUUGACGAGGAUGUGGAACCGAAGGAAGCAGAGAUAUCGCGGAAAUCAAGAGCAACCCUUGCCAGCGCACAACCCAUCGAAGAAGACUUGCCCGUGGCACCUGCUCACCCAAAAAAUAUUCCGGCUUCAUCAGCUCCAUCCUUUAGAAGGCACACUUUGCUUUUAUCAGAGCCCAUGGAAGAGGAUGAGGAAACUGACACAUUAAGUAACCCUACAACUGUGGAGCAGGUUUCCGAAAAGUUAGAAAAACCAAAAGGAGUUUUGCGAACACUUAAGGAUUAUAUUUUUAAAAAAUCCGAGCAAAAGGAAGAGAGAGAGGUUGCUUCCACUUACAGGCCUCAUCAAACCAUAGUUAUGUCUGAAUCACUGGACCUCCAAAGUCCCAAAAACACGAUGAAGGAUGCCGACUUUAAAGAAAUCACUCCAUUGCCCAAUACGAGAACAGCAUCUAGAAUCAAACAAUUGUCUACUUACACGCCUGGAAUGUCCUUGACUGAAUUCGAGGAUCAGGAAAUGAUGUGCAAAACCCCUAUUCACGAAAAACAACGUAUGCAACCUCAGAGAAAACAGUUUUCCAUGUACCAGCCAGAGAAGAUGGAUUUAGAGGCGGACGCGACAGGGAGUGGAACUCCGAAAAGUCACACCCAGAUGAAGCGCUUGUCCUCACAUCUCACACCCAAUCUUCCAGAGUCCAAAAAGCAACACACAAAGAUCAUCGUGGACAGCAACAUGGAUAUGGAAAUGGAAGAGGACCAGGAAAAUGCUUGGGAGAUGCCGAUGACAAAAAUUAAACUGGAACCAGGCGCAGAUAAAUCCCUCAGGACCUUUGCGGAAUAUCAGUUGGACGCGUCGGUUCAACCAGUGAGGGAUUAUCACCCUGCAAUGACUGAGUUAAAUAAAAAGAGCUCUCUAAAUAUACUGGAGUUGCCACGGAAAUCAGUGUUUGUCACAGAGCUUGAGGAUAAGCCCAUAACCAUCUCGGAUGUGACCAAUUACUUCCAGGAGCAGCGCAAGUCCAACGAAAGGAAGAGUGGCAGCUCCAACGAUAGAACCUUUAAGAGCUUUGCCGCAACGAAUACAAAGUUCAUCAAUCUCACUGGCGACACCACCAUCUUCGCAGGCAUGGAAGAUUUGAAUAAAGAGGAGAAGGGCCAACACAAUCAGAUAGACAACGAGAGGCUCAGUUUGGUUUCCACGCUGGCCGAGGAAACGGACGACGAUGUCGAGGAAGAGGAUCAAGAGGAGCCGCAACCACAGCCAGAACUCUGCGAGGGGCAGACAGAUGCAGUGGUUAUAGCCGGCAGCAGCGGCUCAUGCAAGAAGUGCGGCAACUGCAAUCAGUCCUUGAGCGAAACUAAGCUCAUCACAGAUUCCUUUUUCCUGCCACAUCAGACCGAGUGGGAAUUUUCAAGGGAACGGAAGCGACUGCGUCUUUUAAGGAAUAAACCAACUUGGAAGGAGGUUAAGCUGUACUGGGAGAUCGAGGAGCAGGCCCGGCUGUCCAGGUGCCAGGACAUCGACGAUUCGGUGGAUCAGACGAGAGUAGAAGAGGAGCUGAUAGCGUGGAACAAAGCGGCGCUCCUAGAACAAUGCAAGAGACUAAACGGUCAACAAAAGGCUACAAUCAAACCUGCCAAGUCCUUUUUUGGCCACCUCAAAAGUUUGCUGGCCGAGCAACAGCCAAACUGGAUCUUCGACUUUCAGCGCAAGGUCUCCCAGCAAUUCAUAUUUUACCAUCGGCUGCUAACCACGUUUCGAAUUGUGGUUAAUUACAAAACCUUGGACUUGGUGGAGGAGUCAGCCAUCCAAGUAUGCUCAAUUGAAGUGGAUAAUGCGGUGCCCACUUCAAAGGAACGAUGGUCAGCGAGUGACUACUUCCUGGACUUCCAACUUAGUCUCAAGCUACCCCUGAAUCUCACCGACGCUAUCGAAGGCAGCGACGAGCCAGCUUUUUUGAAGUUUCUUCUUCGCAUUGAUCAGAGUGUUGUAGAGAUUAAGCGAAUGUUCCACGAAUUGAUGACCGUUCUGACGGAGAAAAAGGCGAGGCUCCAACGGGAUGCGAAUCGCACUGUUGUAAGGAAGACCGUGCGAAAAUGUAUAGAAGACGAUCCAAUUGUUCGCCUCGAGAAAACCAGCUUCCUAGUGGAAAUUAUCAAUAUCAAGGAGGUUUCCUUCAGAGACAUUUUGCGCCCAGAACUACAUCUCUUCAACGAAAACAUUCAGUAUCUACCAAAAGGAAUUGCUUUCCUGGAAGCAUUUCUCACCGAUCCUGAGCAGUACCUUAAAACUUAAAUAUGUCGGACAAACCCUUACUUUACUCAUGUAUAAAUUAAUAAAAUUGUUUUAUUUGCGUUUA